AUGCCGCCCAACCGCGUGCCACUACCAACUCAAAACCAUGGUGUACACGCCCCGUGCCUACCUCGUCUCCGCCGCCGUCGCCCUGGUGGCGAUGCAGUUGCAGCUACCUCGCUGUUCUACGACCCCGAGACCAUAUCCGGUACGGAUGGCACAAUCAGUGGCAAGUUCCCGGCUCGUGGUGCCGAGGUCGCUGACCAGGACUGCACCUUCACGGUGGAGGUGGACCCGACUCUGCCGGACAUCGCGACCAUCUCGACGGUGCCGGUGACCUAUCCGGGCCUGCUGGCCAACCUGACCACGGUGCCUUCUGAGCCCUUGUUCACGAAGGUGGGCACAGCCGUAUUGUCGGAGCCUAUUCCGGCGAUCGACGCCGAUCAGGAUAGCUACGUCGGUAAGUCGACGAGCACCCCGGUCACCGUGCCUGAUACCAAGACGGGCGUCUCGACACCGUCGAUUGUCAAGAGUGCCACGGACUGCGCCACCGGCUGGGAGGACAGCAGCACUACCCAAGCGAAGAUGGAGAAGAAGCGCCGCCUGGAGGCGAACUCGAACAAGGAUAUUGCCAAGCUGGAGGCCUACUUUGGCACGUCGAUGGAAACGACGCUGAAGAACCUGCCUACUAAGGGUGUGCGCACGCCGUCGCCGUGGGCCGGUCCGUACUGGCCGACCUUCCAGGACAGUAUCAAUGUCCAGUGGAGUGAGGGUGAAGCCAGCCCUGCCGAGAAGUACGCCAAGGCUUUCGGUCUUGACGUGACGGAUUUCAUGAACAAGGUGUCGGAAGACAACGGCAUUGACUCCAUGAGCAAGCGCCCCAAGUGCACGUCAAACAACGACUGUGCCAACCUCACGGACGGCAGUGGCUGUGGCAUUCGUGCUGGCCAGACCUCGGGCUACUGCAUCCCCACCUGGUUCGGGAUCUGCCACGCCUGGACACCUGCCUCGAUACUGGAGGCCGAGCCCAACUGCCCGGUGACCCACAACGGCGUGACGUUCCACCCGAUGGACCUCAAGGCGCUGAUCUCGGACAUCUACGAUGGCGCUUCGGUUCCGACGGUGUUUACUGGAACACGUUUCAACGGUGGCAGCGACACUGUUGACGAGUACGGCCGUCACUCAAGCGCUGCGUACCGUGACUUGAACCCUGCCUUCUUCCACAUCAUCACGACCAACCUUAUCGGCAAGUUGAACGCCACGUUCAUCGCUGAUGUCACCGCCGGCUCGGAGGUGUGGAACCAGCCCGUGCGUGGCUUCAAGGUGUUCGAGCAGACCGAGAUGUCGCUCGAGGAAGGCGCCCAGACUUUCUACGGCCUCGAGAAGUAUCCGUGGAACGCCGCUGCUAAGAGCCUCGUGUACGUGAAGAUGCGCUUCUCGUGGAUCUUCGAGACGUACACGGACGGUGGUCUGGUGGCCUCGGGCGAGGUGGACAAGUUCACAACGGGUGCCUACUACACGUACCUGCUUGAGAUGGACGACGAUGGAAAGAUCAUCGGUGGCGAGUGGGUCUACAAGUCGGACGAGGACCACCCCGAUUUCAUUUGGUUCCCCAAGGCGAAACCUGCUGCUGACACGGUGACCAGCAUUGGUCUGAGCUACGCUGAUGUGAGCAUGCUCCUGGAGAAGUCUGUCGCCUGCUCGGACUCUUCUGCUUCUUCGACUGCUGGAUCCCAUGAGCCUGCGGGCUCCGCUGGCUCGUCGUCGCCUUCGUCGUCUACGUCAGCUUCAACUUCGGGAUCGGCUGCCAGCUCUUUUGGGGCGACGGGAUCAGCGUCGACUGGUUCGGCGACGUCGGCUAGCGCUUCCAACAACCAGGCUUAAGAUUCCUUCGCCAAAUCUUUUGCUGUUUCUCUGUUGACGGCAAUCCCAUAUUCUUCCGAAGUGAAGAUGAUUCCUACUACGUAGUACCAAACAGAUUCACCCAGUGAAUGUUG